GUUGCCGCCUUCCAGAGAACUCUCGGUAGCAUCCAUGAGUCAAACAAGCGGUGGCGAGGCAGGUUCACCCCCUCCGGGUGUAGUUGCUGCUGGAAAGAUUGGUCAUGAGAUCAAAGACUGCUUCACGUUACAAAUCUGCAAAUCAUCCAGCAUAGUUUCCUCCUGCACAGUCAAGAGAGCAGAAACAGCAAGAUCUUUUGAAAACUGCUACCACCUUGAAUCCACAGAUGUUUACUGUUGAUUUUCAUACUUUGAGAUCAUUUUCAAACUUCUUAAGGACUUGAUGAGGAGAACUAAGUGUCUGUUAUUUCUAGCCUUUAAGUUGUCUGACAGUCAAUCCACUUCCUUUCAAAAACUGAACAUAUGAAGAAAAAAAGCACAUUAUAUAAGAAUAUUUAUAAUAAGGGCAAUAUUGCUUGAAUCCGAAGGGUUUUUCAGUAUGGCUUCCAAAAUAUUUGGCAAGCAAUCUCUUCUCCAGACAAAUACAGGUCAAAUAUUUCUCUCUCAUUUACAAAAUAAAAUGUUAAAGUCCUAGCUUCAAAGAAAUACCCUGGUUUGCCUUGGCCUGUGCCCUAUACGGCAGAGAUGGGCAACCAUAACUCAGAAACGGGGUGCCGUCUCCCAGGUUGCCCCCUUUCUUUCUCCUCAUGUUCCGUCCUUCCCCUAUGUCACAACUGUGCUAGAGCAGAGACCGUGUGGGGACGACCCUCCACACAUGCCCCGUUUCCUGCUUCAGUCCAGGGAAAUGCUUGGAAUUGGGACAUGUGGGAAGCGCCAUUCCUGGGGGCCCCUUUCCCCAGCAAAUUGGCCUUUAAUCCGGAGCAAAGUUUACAUUCUGUGCCUCCACCCUACUCGGUUGGCCGGUGGUGGGGGAAGGGAUGCCCUUAGCAUGUAGGGUGGUACGUUCCACUCUCCCCAUCUCUGUGUGUGGAGAGUGGGGGGAGCGUCCCUUUGAGAAAAGCUGCGUGAGAGUGUGCAUGUGUCGGGUCAGGGUGCCUGUAUCUGUGUGCAUGCAGGCAGUCUGUGCAUAGUCAAAGUCCCCAGCUUAUUACCCAUGUGAUCUUCAGGAGCCCAAAAGUUGUAAAAGUUGUUCCUGAACUGGUGGCAUACGCUCAGUGCUUUCAUCGUUCAGUCAAGCCCCCUGGACGUGUGAGUUAAAACUGACAUUAAACCUUGUUAUUGAUACGACAAUAGUACUGGGCCUAGCCAUAGUAGGGUGCAACUCCAGGUAUUUCUGCUGAGGCCAGUAGGAUCCUCAUAAAAGUCAACUGAAAAAUUGUGGCUUUACAAUGUAGCGAUAAAUAGUCAGUAAAAACUAGUAGGGAUGGAAAUUGCAAAACAAGACCAAACAGCUACAGUUUUAAAAAGCUGUUUCCCCUGAUUUUUAAAAAGUUUAUUUGGCUUGCGAUUUUGUCAGCUGCAAGUGUUAAAAAGACACUGAAGGACAUUCACUCUUGUAAGCAGGCACUAGCAUGAUCACUGAAGCAUAUCUGAUAUCUAAGAGUUCUGAGUAUUUUAUUUAGAUACUGACAAAAUAAAGGAGAAGGCCAAAAUGCAGAGAUUCUACAUGGGGGAAAUCCUAGCAACUUGGCUUAAGGACCCUCCUGUCAGCUUACUGGAUUCUUAAGAAUGGUGUUUGGACUUGAUCCAUUAUCAUAGCUCCAAGACAGAUGUCCUUCCCAGACGUCGGGUGAGCGGAAACCUUAGUUUCAAGCACAACACCGGGGCAUUUGUGUUGUUCUGCUCCCUCCCUGUAGACAAUUCAGAAAGCAUAAAAGGAGAGAACCUGACAAGGACUCCGGGAGCCUUCGGAAAUUCUGGAAUUCUGACUGGCCGUCACUAGCCUGGUCACAGUACUGUGCCCAGCAUCCUUUGAGAGUAGCUGAUUUUUCUUCUUGGAGAGAACUCCCAUUUCCAAGCGCAGGCCACUUCCAUCCUUUUGAAGCAGCCAUUACUUUUGCAGCUUAGUUUACCUACCCAGGUGCCUCCAAGUCUUGUUAAGGUGGGCCGGUUACUUAAGAGGAAGGUAUGAACACAAGGCAGCCUUUCCACAGCCCCACAAACUCGUCGUGUCUGUACAGAGCUCUCGAAAUCUACCUGAGGGUAUUUUUCCUUUUAUUGAGAAAAUCGGAGAAAGUUGUGGCUAGGGAAGGGAUGCUUGUGAGAUUAAAAUAAUUUUUAAAAGGGGGCCAAGAAUCACCCUUCAAUCAUUUUGGCCCUAUCAGGUAGAUGAGGAAAGAUUCCUAUCAGCCACAUGAGCAAGUGGCUGGAAGGGAAAGGUGACCCCAAGUAAUUUAGAGCUGUGAGAACCCAUUCCUUUAUGUCCUAAAUCACUAUUUUUAACAACUGCUCUUAUUUUGAUAUGACAGAGCUUCAAAAUAUUUUUAGGAAUUCAAGUUUGUUACCUCAGGCAGCCCCUUUAAAGCUGGCUGCAGUUUCUUCACAAAGCUAAGAAAGUGUUCUGUGUUUUGUUGGCGAUGUGUGGAGCUCCCUCUCCCUCAUUUCAGCUGCCUGAUGCAGUUGCCCUUGCUGGUGCCAGUGAGUAGAUUAAGAGGUGAGGCCCCGUGAAAAAUAUUUUCCUUAUUUAAGACUUAACUUCAUUUGUUCUCUGCUUCCCUAGCCACAGGGUGACACAAUAUCUGGCUGCAAAUCAGAUUGCCCCAGGCCUGUCUUUCAGUGCUUUGAUCUCAGGCUCUGGGACACAUAAGCGGGUUACAUAAAGGUUUGCUGCAGUUAACUUCAGAUUUCUGGAGGAACGGGAUUGGCUGAUCUCAGGUAUGAGGGCCUGCAAGAACAGACUGCUAGUUCUGCUACUACCGUUUGGCUUCCAAUUUGCAAAUCAUUCCAAACCAUUUUAAAACUAAGUCUUGGUAACUGGGUUUUAAAGAGCAUAUUUGAUUAUUUUAACAUAAAAGGUGUGUUUCAUAUUCAUCAAUCCAAAUAUGAGGUGGCUUCUUUGCAAUCAACCAACUAGCAAUCUAGAAUUUUCAGAUAGUCCUCUGCUUCUUUCUGAAUCUGCUUGAUGGACUGUAGUUAAGCGGGGAAGAAGUGCCUGUCUCUUAAAGUCAGGUAGGCCUCAGUCGUAUGUGUAUGUUUGUGUGUGAUGAUCUGAAGAGCUUAUUCUUUCCCUGCCGUCAGCCUGCUGCUAGCUGUGUCUGGCCAGAAGUAAAGGGCUGUGUAGCUGGAACAUUUCUCAAGAGUGCCCCAGUGACGUGAAGAGUUAAAAACAUGCCACGAAUAUAGCUCUGAAGAGUGACUGGGCGCAACACUUUCUAGGCAGUUCUAGGGCUGUGCCUGCACAAGGUAAAUGAGAACGCGGACACACUAGCCAAACCAAACUUGCCAGAGACAGAUCAGGUUUUGCUUAGAGGAGAGCCACUGAAUUCAGUGGGCCAAGUUGGCCAUGACUAACUCAAGUCCCAUUAAUUGAAUGGACUACUUCAGUUUUACAAGGAUUGGAUUCCAGGCAAUUUAUUAUUCAUCCUUGAGUCUGGACUGCUAGUGAAGUUGAAUUUUUCAUAGCCAUUUACCAUAUUUUUGCAACCUUUCUGAACGCAUUCUAACUAAAAAACCAACCUGAUACAUAAGGGCUGUGCAGUUUUUCAGAAACUGAUGAUAAAAGGGGCACCUUAGAGAGAAGUCAUUUGAUUUUACAUAUAUAUAUAUAUAUAUAUAUAUAUAUAUAUAUGAAUAAAGGAUUGUCUUCCUUCCCUUUUUGUGUGAUUAAUGAGACCUGAGGCACAGCAUGCACAAUGCCAAAUAAUACCCCAGAGCACCUACAGUUAGAAGCUAGUUCUGGUAAAAUUCUCUAAGUAGUGAUUUUCAGCUUGGAGGUGUCAACUGUUCUGGCAAAGGGGGGGACUCAGACUGAUUUAGUCUGUCUCCUAAGGGCAGGUCUGUCUUCCUGUGCACUGGCAUGGUGCCAGAUCAAACUCUGCUCUGAGCAGUGCCAGUUGUUUUAGGCUUAUAAUGACAUACAAAUUAUCCCAGAGAGGCAAAGGAGAUUCGGUGUCUAGUUAGCUUUGUGUCUCUUUGGCUGCCCUAUGGAAAGUAUCUGUUUGAGUUGAUUUGCAGUUUGGACUAUACAUAUUUUACACAAUUCACUGAAGAAUAGCCCUUAUUAGACAUGUACACCUACUUUCUCUGUUGGUCAAAUCCAGUGAAAGCAGAUCUGUGUUUGUCAGUGCCUACCUCUUUUCUAGUUUUAAGCAUCUUUGUUUUCUUGACUGACGUAGUUAUAUUAAAAUUUGCAUUCUCUAAGCUCCUGAACCAGACCAUUGUUCUUGUAGGAGCUUCUGGGCUGGGCUGUGAGUGUGUGCUUCUAAUGAGCAGCCGUUGCGGUAUUUUUGUUAAUACGCAUGGCAAAAUCUCUGUGGGUUUAUGAGCCCUACCAGUUUGGUGAAUGAUGACCAUAGUGUACAUGUGUCUUGUGUAAAAACAACAAGAUGGAUCAAGAUGGCAUUUUGGAAGGACCUGAGAGGACAAACCUUUUCUUUUCUGGAAAAAUGCUAAAGUUUUUUCCAUCAAGAAGGCAUAGCGCUAUUUACCUGCUUGUGAAUAUACUUGGAGAGGCAGGGAAGUAAGCAUGAGGGUCCUGAUUCCAGCUUGCUGGUUGGCUGUUUCUUAUUUUCACUCUUGGGUGUCAGACCAUCCAGUCUGAAUUGUUGAACGUGAACCACCCAACAAAAGUUCCAGGUAAGAAAAAACUACUUGUGCAUCUCUGAACAUGAUUGUCAAAGCAGGGAGAAUCUGGUCCCUAUUCUAUUAAAUGCUACUUGUUUUUGGCACUUGAAUGUAAGGGGGAACUUAUUAUUGUUGGGGGUGUAAUGUAAGUUAUCAAACUACUUUGAAUCUACCUUGAACUUUUAAAGUAAAUUGCUUUGUGAUAUUUGCUGGGCUGCUAGUUUUUUUCUCUAUUAAUACACUUAACUUGCAUUCUAGCUCCGCCAUUCAGAGACAGGCAUCGUGUGGUGGGUUGUGUGACAGUGUCUGUCAAUAGUGAAGACAAAUAGUACCAGAGACACUUAACCCAUCCAAUCUCACCCAGGGUAUAGGUCGGUCUCGUUUUUAGACUUCUUCAUAAGUCUUUCCUUUCUUUUUGUUUUUGAUUUGUUUAUAAAUAGUGGAUUGACUGAAGCUAAACUCUUACAAAGUUUUUGACUUUACUUCAAUAAAUGAAGGUGAAAAAAACAAAGACGAAGCUGGCACGGAAGGUGUCGGGAGCAGGUUUGCAGCCACUUUGUAUAUCCCAGUCCAUAUUUCUGCAUUUGACAACCCAAGAGCUCAUGUUCUUCUGUCUUGAUUAUGAAACGAUGUCUUUGUAUUCACUGGUCUUUCAAAAUUCACACACAACAAGUUCUGGACAAUAUUGGAAGUGUCAACUGCCAAGGAAAUACAAUUCCAUAAAUGACCCAUACGCAGGAAAGGGCACUGGGGAUUAGAACCUGCCAAACCCUCAGGGUCACCCUGUGCUGCUGAAUGCUCAUCUUUGCAUAGAGAGCGGGGCAAGGGUGAGAGGGUUAGUUCUUUUAUCAGCUGCUUGUGCAUUGCAGUGGUUUGCAGAGAGAUGGCUAGCAAUUUGCAAGGCACAAGCAAAUGUUGCCUUUUGAUCUCUCAUGGUCUUCACUUUGGGAGGUGACUUCUAUUUGCCACUUAUUUUCUUAUCACUCGACUGAUUGCUUGCUCCUCUUGGAGAGCCCUGUGGCCCUGAAGGGCUCAUGUUGAAAGAGGGCCCCCAGGUAUCUCAGGAAUAGAAAUGGCCACAUUUCGGCUCUGCCCAAAGAUUGCAAAUCCUUUGGUGCUUUGCAGUGAGAAAGGACAUCGAGGUUUAAAAGAGCUUAAUAUCUUAUAGUCUUAAGUCCCUCAAGGUUGUGGAAAACUUUUAUAACUUUAGGUAGUCAUAACUCAGGAGCUCAUAACCUCUUUAAUUUGGCCAGCUCUGAGCUCUUGAUUGUUACUCAGAUGAGAGGAGAAGCUUUAAAAACUCUGCCUUCCCUCAAAAUGAAACUAGCAUUUGUAUGAGGAGCUGCUCGAUGGCUGAGGGCGUGAGCAAGGGUCGUUGCCAGCUGAUCCAGUUCGGCUCUGUCACUGUGGCGCAGAGCAGACGUAGCCCUUGCUGUGCGCUGAACUGGCCUGCUUUGGUUUCCUCCUUUUCUGAAACAGAGAACUGGGCCAAGAAGGCGGCAGGACUUGCUGUGCGUUCUUGAACUGCAUUUGUUACCAGCUUGGAAUACUGAUGGUAUUGGAGCUCAGUGUUUUGAGCGUCCAGUGUGAUCUCUCUUGUUUGGAUCUUGGAUGAAUUACUUACCAAAUGACUUGCACAGAUACUGUGUAUUGCAGCCUAUGUCACCAUGCCUCCGGAGACUGUCAUAAAAUUUACUUGGCAUGUGAUUGUAAUUCUGAAAUGGCUUUUUAAGAUGUAAUUGAUCCUUGUUAGUAUGUAAUUCUGUAUUUCACAAAAUGCAGUAAAAAUAUCCAAACCUCCCCCAACAUUGAGUUUGUGCUUAUUGGGCUGGGACUCUGGGGGCCUAGAGAAUACGGGGAAGUUCUUGAAGAGAGUAUGGGCAGUUCCACACUUGCUCUUGACCGUGCGGUUGCCACGUCAGGUGUAGAAGGCUUGCCUCCUAGUAUCCUCCUUCCUGGAUCCAACCCAUUUCCUCUUGGCUUGGACAUAAGUAACUUAAUGGCCAGCAGUUUGGAGGAACCAGAACUUGCGCUGAGAGCAUCCUGGCUUGGGACAAGUGAAGAAGCGUGUGUCUCCUUAUGUCUGAUCAGGACUGCUUCGAUGUGGAAUGAUCAGUCAGGGGCUUGCCAUUUCAUUGCAACGUCAAAUUUAGCUAGCUCACACUGUGCUGAAACAGUGGCUUUGCUACGGGAGAGUAAGCAUUCCUUUCGGUUCUUCUCCGUGGCCUCUGUGCACCACACAUGCGCGCCUUGCGCACUCGUUUCGGUUACUUAGUGCUUCGAUCUUUUGCUCAGCCCGAUUCAACUGAAAGGCAUGAAGUUUAUCUGCAAACUUCAAAUAUGACCGUAAGCUGUUAGGCCUCGGUGACAUGCUAUAUUCUUAAAUCUUAAAUGGUGAUACAGUUAGCUUCUCUUAAUUGGCGUGACUAAACCUGUUAAUUUUUUUAAAAAAAUGAUGAAAGCUGUUAGUUUAUAACAUGGUGCAGCUUUGAUUAAGUAAACCAAGCAAUUAUUUAACAUUUCCAUUAAUGCAAUUAUUUAACAUUAGUUGCAUCUGCAUGAUGGAUGCAAAGGGAUAACAAUGGGAAGGUAGACUCCUGUUGUAGAUGUAGACUUACAUCCUCCCUUCCAAAUUCUCUGCAAAACAUCAUUAAUUAGAAGAGGCUCCCAGAUACUUGACUUUCUGCUGACAUUUUGUUUAAUAGAAUGUAGGGAUCAGUGGCUUUCUUGAUAGGAUCAUUCAUUUCAUAUGAACUCCCUCUGCAGGAUAUCAUCCUGCUUGGCAAAACUGCUGUCGUGUGGACUGGUGUGAGACAUGCUAAACCCUUCCAUUCUAGGGUGCGUCUUUUUCAGAGCUGGCGCAAUGUCUUCCCCGUACCGCGCUCUGAAGACCAUGUGUGCCAGUGUAACAGGCUGGUCCCAACACCCAGACUCAGAGGAUGAGCUCCUUACACCUUGCAUCAGAGAUGAGGCUGCCUCCCUGCUUGCCUGUCCCUCUUGCGGUCAUCUUUGUCUUGGGCAGAAAUCCAGAGAUUGGCACAAUUCUGCAUGGGGCUUCUGCACUCAGGGAGAGAAUUUAUGUGGCAGUGCAAGUGUGCAGCAUUGUUCCUGCAUGCAUUACUUUCCUCAGCGCAUGUAGAACAUCUGAUGUAUGUGAGCUGCAUACUUAUGUUUCUUAGUGGGUAUGUGUUUAAAAACAAAAUAAAAGCUAGUGCUGUUUUAACACAAACCAGAUAGAAAAAGGAAGCAUAUUCAGUAGCAACCUGUUCUACCUCAAAGUGGCUGCAAAUCGGCAACUAUAGUCACUGAAAUUAGCAGUUUUUAUAUCAUUCUAAGGAAAGCACUGCAUUAAUGCAUGAUAUAAAAAGGAUUUGAGAAAUGUGUGUUUUUUUUAAAAUGAAAAUGCAGUUCUGAGUGACUGAAUCUUCCCAUUUCAGCCACUGCAUUUGCCAAAGAACAAGCUGGAAAAUGGAACUGGUAUCUGUCAGUGGCUCCAGAUUAUUCCACAAAUUAGCUGGAGAUGGGGUGGGAGCAGCUCAGAGGGACCAACGUGGUGGUGGUACCCAGCAGAUAAAUUUUCUCCUGAAAUCUUAAUAACAAAUGCUGAACAGAUUAGGUUUCUUAAUCUAUACUUCUUGCAUUUCUUAAUGCCAUGCAAACUUACUCAGUUAAAAUGUCAGCAUGUUUGAUCAUAUACCAUUAGAUAAGCAUGCAGUUGCCUGUUAAAAGCAAGCUUUAAAAUGUACAAGGACCUUUAAUAGCUAAAAUAUACAGCAGAAUAAUUCAGUUCAGUGACUUAUUAGAAGUCUUCACUAGUUAAGGAAAACAUUGACUAUCUUGCUUGCUCUCUUUAGACUACUGUCAAUUUAAUACAGCUAUUGGUUAGCUCAUUAUUCUGAGAUAGGCUGAUGGGCCAACUUUGGUUGUUCGUGGGAUCGAGUUCUGGGACACGUACAGGCGGAAGCGUCCCACCAUUUUCUUAACUCUGAGCAGUUACUUUGAUUUCCGGCUUGCUACUGAGCCCCUGGGUCCAGUGAGUCACCUUGUACCCAAGAGCCCCGCGUGACUGUUCUGCUUUGUAAGACACCUACGUACCCACAGUGGCCCUGCACAUAAAUCUGUUAGUCAGGCUGGGACACUUUCUGGCAGCGCUUCGCUGUCUUCCCAGGGACGGCCCUCCACUGAGGAUGCCGCUGGUCAUGCGGAGGGUGCUUGCCUUUUCUGGGGUCAAACCAACAGAUUCCAGUGGAGGUGGCCUGAUCCUGCGCCUUCCAUCUUUGUGCCUUUUGGUACGCAGCAUGCCAUGAUUUCAGAUUUCCCUAAAGCCAAACAUGGUGAUUGGUACCAGUUCCAUUUUGUUGCCGUUAAAGCUAUUUUUAUAUUUCAUUUCUCAUUUAAUAAUUGAUAUCUGGAAUAAUCAGCAGCUCUCUUCUCAUUUAUUUUCUCAUAUUUUUAUUCCAGGAUUUGCCUCUGAAGCAGGGAGUGUCUGCAUUAAAAAUGACCUGUAGUUCUCUGCUUCAUAGGUUAGAAACUUAUUUUAAUACUUUGUGGCUAAGCACAGUCCCACCUUUUUCAAAAAUUUCAGAAGCCAAAUAAUUGGCAUAAAAUGUGGCCUGAAGGUAUGCAUCUUGCCUUGGGGUUUCUAUCAUUUUGGAUAAAGUGGCUUAAACACACAGUCCAGCAGAGGCAAUAAAAGUAGUUGUGUUUGCUUGCAGCCUUUGUCUGACUUAAAGGAUUAAAACAAAAAAAAAAACCUUAUUGCCACAUUUACAAACAUGAACAUACUGUUUGGACUCUAUUUCUGAAUACUUCUGCAUUGCUUAAGCCUUACAUAGCUUGAAGUAUUCAAAUUCCAAAACAAGCCAAAUUCUAAAGCAUUUGUUUGGGGAAAAAAAUCAGUCCACCAAUCGCAUUAUUUCAAAGGGACUGCUAUAGCCAGCACAGUCACAAUCAUGUACCCUGUAUUUACUUCUAAAUUGUACACCGCAGAUGCUUCUUCAGCUCCCUCCUCUUCCUCCAUGGGCGGUGCUUGCAGCUCCUUUGCCACCUCUUCCAGCCCCACCAUUUACUCUACCUCAGUCACUGACAGCAAAGCUAUGCAAGUGGAAAGCUGCUCCUCAGCCAUGGGGGUAAGUACCAGAGGGGUAAGUGACAAGCAGUUAACCAGUAACGCAGUCCAGCCGCAGCCGCAGCCACAGUCCAUGCCGAAGAGGCACACGGUCCUGUACAUCUCGCCACCGCCGGAGGAUUUGCUGGACAACAGCCGGAUGUCCUGCCAGGACGAGGGGUGCGGAUUGGAGUCCGAGCACAGCUGCAGUAUCUGGAUGGAAGACUCGCCUUCCAACUUCAGUAACAUGAGCACCACUUCCUACAAUGAUAACACUGAGGUGCCACGUAAAUCCCGUAAGCGAAAUCCAAAACAGAGGCCGGGGAUCAAACGGCGAGACUGUGAAGAGUCGACCAUGGAUAUCUUUGAUGCUGACAGUGCCAAAGCGCCUCAUUAUGUCCUUUCUCAGCUCAGCACGGACAGCAAAAGCAACCUGAAAGCAGGAAAUGGAACACCCGAAGCCCCAAAAGCAGCUGGAGGAAAGAAAAGCCCCAUGUUAUGUGGCCAGUACCCUGGGAGAAGUGAAGGCAAGGAGCUGAAGAUAGUCGUUCAGCCUGAGACCCAGCACAGAGCUCGCUACCUGACGGAGGGCAGCCGGGGCUCAGUGAAAGACAGAACGCAGCAGGGAUUCCCGACCGUCAAGCUGGAAGGUCAUAAUGAGCCUGUGGCACUGCAGGUGUUUGUGGGGAACGAUUCUGGCCGGGUGAAACCGCAUGGAUUCUAUCAGGCCUGCCGAGUGACAGGACGGAACACCACACCCUGCAAAGAGGUGGACAUCGAAGGCACCACAGUAAUUGAGGUGGGCCUGGAUCCAAGCAACAACAUGACUCUGGCGGUGGACUGCGUUGGAAUCCUGAAGCUGAGGAAUGCAGAUGUCGAAGCUCGAAUCGGAAUUGCCGGCUCAAAGAAGAAAAGCACCCGGGCUAGGCUAGUAUUCCGUGUGAACAUUCCUCGGAAGGACGGCUCCACGCUGACCCUGCAGACGCCGUCCUCGCCCAUUUUGUGCACUCAGCCAGCAGGUGUACCAGAGAUCCUAAAGAAGAGUCUGCAUAGCUGUUCAGUGAAGGGAGAAGAGGAAGUAUUUCUGAUUGGCAAGAACUUUCUGAAGGGAACAAAAGUCAUCUUCCAAGAGAACGUGUCCGAUGAAAACUCUUGGAAAGCAGAAGCGGAAAUUGACAUGGAGUUGUUUCAUCAGAAUCAUCUAAUUGUGAAGGUGCCGCCAUAUCAUGACCAGCAAAUAACGACACCUGUUUCCAUUGGGAUCUAUGUGGUGACCAACGCUGGGAGAUCGCACGACAUGCAGCCAUUUACAUACACUCCAGAUGCAUCUGGUACGCUGAAUGUAAAUGUGAAACAGGAAAUAUCCAGCCCGACACAGUCUUGCUCUUUUGAUGAAGCAAUCAAAGUGAGCACAAGCAGCUGCAACCUGGACAAGGUAAAUAUUCUUCCCAGUGCCUUGAUAACUCCACUCAGGCCAAGCAGCAUCGUUAAGAACGAAGAGGCUGCUGCAAUGGAGCUUGCAGCUGAAAAGAGGCCUGCUCCGGUCUUUAACGCGACCAGCGUGGUUGGGCCACCGCAAGCGACUCUGGAGAGCAGCAUGUCCAACAUGCUGGGGAACGGCGCCUUCUCCUCUUCUGCUCCUCAUUUAGCUCCAGAGAGUGAGAAGCAGCAGCUGCCACCAAAGGGGUUCACCCCGGAGGCGAUGCCCAGCCUCCAGGCCCAGGAUGUCGCGCAGCCCGGCAGCUUCCCGGCCGUGUCUGCCUCCAGCCAGCUGCAGAGCAGCGACGCCUUGCUGCAGCAGGCCUCCCCGUUCUCCUCGAGGGAGUCCCAGCCCAGAGAGGUGCUGCAGCCGGACGGCAGCGUCAUGGCUCUGUCGCAGCUGACGGAGGCCUCCCAGCAGCAGCCCUCGCUGCCGGAGUCGGCCCAGGCCCUGCAGCAACAGAUGUCCUCCAGCAUGUUCCCGUCGGCCGGCGGGGUGGGGCAGCUGCAGAGCAUCCAGCAGCUGCAGGCAGGGAGCUUUCAGGCCAGUCCCGCUGGCGGCGGCAGAAGCGUGGACCUGGUCCAGCAGGUCCUGGAAGCCCAGCAGCAGCUGUCCUCGGUUUUGUUUUCUGGCUCCGACAACAAGGAUGUUCAAGAGCAGCUCAAUGCAGAGAUCUUCCAGCAGGUCAGCCAGAUCCAGAACGGAGUUGGCCAGGGGAUGUUUUCCUCCUCGGACACCGUCCACACGAGGGCCGAAGACCUCCUGGCCGGCCGAACAGAAAGUGUCCACCCGCAGUCCGAAAACGCUUUAUCCAGUCAGCAGCAGCAGCAGCAGCAACAGCAGCAGCAACAGCAGCAACAGCAGCAGCAACAGCAGCAGCAGCAGCAGCAGCAGCAAGCCAUGGAGACCUCGGCCGCGAUGGUGAUGGAGAUACAGCAGGGGCUCUGCCAGGCGGCCAGCCAGAUGCAGUCGGAGCUGUUCUCCUCCUCGGCGGCCGGCAACGGGAGCGUCCAGCCGUCGCCCGUGUACCAGCAGGCCUCCCACAUGAUGGGGGGGCUGUCCGCAGGCGAAGACUUGCAAAUGCAGUGCGAGCUGUUCUCCCCCACGAGCGUUUCCGGCAGCGAGGCCGGGACGCCGCCCCAGCCGCCGCCGCCGCCGCAUCAGCAGCAGGUCCCCGCCAGCGCCCCCAGCAUGUUCCAGGCCUCGGGCUCCACUGAAGGCGAGGAAGCAUCGGGCCAGGCAGAGCAGAUCCAGAGCACCGUCUAUCAGGCCAUGGUCCAAAUGCAGCACAGCGGGGAAAGUCAGGCCCCGGUGAACCUCUUCUCCUCCUCCGAGAACAUGAUGGGCGCCGUUCAGGGCGGCGGGGCCCAGCAGCAAGGCGGGGGCCUCUUUCAGCAGGGCAGGGAGAUGCUGUCCCUCCAGUCCGGAAGCUUCUUGCAGCAGGCGCCGCACUCGCAGGCCCAGCUCUUCCACUCGCAGGGCCCGCUUGGAGACGGCCAGAGCAUAUCCCAGGAGGCGCCCAGCACGCUCUACCACAGCCAGACCGCGGCCGCUUCCUCGGAACAGCUGCAGCCCCCCAUGUUCCGCUCCCAGAGUGCCAUGGGGGUCAUUCAGGACCAGCAGGCGGGAGGCCUCUUCCUCUCCCAGAACUCAAUGAGUGGCUCCGUUGCCCAGGAGGACCAGAUGCCCUUCUUCACCACCCCGAGCUCCAUGUCCUCGCUGCAGGCGUCCGCCAGCGCCGAGCAGCAGUCCUCGUUCCAGCAGCAGCCCCCGCUCUCGCACCUCCAGAGCCCGAUGCUGGCCCCGGAGCAGCCGCAGCCCCCGCAGCAGAGCCUGUUCCAGUCCCAGGUGCCUCUGGGCUCUCUCCCUCCGUCUGGGGUGCCCCCAGGCCAGCAGGGCCCUAUGUUCCAGCCUCCUCACUCGAUGGUGGCGCUCCAGAGCGGCGCCCCCAGCCAAGAGCCGCAGCAGAACAUGCGGUUUGGCAGCCAGAACGCCAUGGGCCCGAUGUCGUCCCAGGAGCAGGACAUGAUGUUCAGCUCCAGCCCCAACCCACUGGCCGGCCAGGAGCAGCAGCCGCAGCAGCCGCCACAGCAGCAGCAGCAGAGCCAGUCUCUCUUCCAUCCCCAGAGCAGCCUGGCCCCCAUGAACACGGACCAGCAGCCCAUGCAGUUCCAGAGCCAGGGCGCGGGCUCCACCCAAGCCGAGCCGCCGCCGGCCUUGUUCCACGGCUCCCCCCAGAUCCAGCUGGUCCAGGGGUCCCCCAGCUCGCAGGAGCAGCCCGUCACCCUCUUCAUCACCUCGACUUCCAUGUCCGCCUUGCAGAGCAGCAUGAGCCAGCAGGAGCUGCAGCAGCCGCAGCCGCCACUCUACUCCUCGCAGAAUGGCCUGCCCGGCAUCCAGGGGGCUUCGUCGGCACAGCAGCAGCAGCAGCAGCAGCAAGCACAGCAGCAGCAGCAGCAGCAGCAGCAGCAGCAAGCGGCAGCGGCGUUGUUCCACAGUGGCCCUGGAAACGGCUCCAUCAACCAGCUGCAGAACUCUUCAGCUUCAUCUCGGCAGACUUCUGGAAUAUUCCUCUUUGGCAUCCAAGACAGCUGCGGCCAGCUCUUAGCGUCUGGACCAGGCUCAAUGUCCGACCAGAUGAUCAGCAUAAGCCAGCCGCAGGGGGAAGCACAGCCAUCCGUCACAACCCUCCUUUCGCAGCAGAUGUCAGAGAGCCCUCGGCUGUCUUCUCCCAUGAGCACCAAUCAGAAUAUGAAAAAGAUGGACGACCUGCUGGUGUCGCUACAGAAUCAGGGGAACAAUAACAUGGCGGGCUCCUUCUAGCUGGCCAGAAUUCUAAACAGAAUUGCCUGUGAUGGACAAGCAAUUUUUCAAGAUUCCUUUAGCUCUUGUGACUCUAGAUUGGAGGGUGUUUGAAGAUAAAUUUCCUCGGUCAAACAACGACCUGAACACAAGAAAAGACACUGCCUUUGCCUACACCAAGCCUGGGAAACAGCCGCCGAGUGACAGCAUCAGUGGAAGACCCCUUGGAGCGGAGCAGCAGAAGAGCUGUGCUUUGUCUUGGCCUGGCCUGGCCGUGACCCCCGUCUCACUAUUCCUGCUGUUGGGGGGGGGCGGGGAUGCUUGGUUAUCGUUGCAGCCAGGCAAAAAUAGAAAAUGGAGCUGUCUCUUCUCCCCGCCAGCCCUCCUUUUUUCUUGGCCUUCACAGCCUUUAGCUGGGUUCCGAAACAUACGGGAGUCUCUCGUGAAACAGUUUGGUCCAUUGGUGUCCGAUGUCAUCCUUGAAUCGCAUCUGAAUGCAGAGCCGGUUUCCACGUUGCUCGAAGUGGCGCGUGGGUUCCGUCUCUGGCGGCGAGCGCCGCGCUGCAGGCCGGUGCUCGGGGCCGCCGUUGCCGAGCGGUGGCUGUGCCAUUGUGUGUUGGGCCCCGUGCCGAGCGGAAGUGGCUUUGGUGCAGAGUGGAGCAAACUGUGAACUCACACCUGGGUUGAGGGCGGCAUGUACAGCUGGCGGGCAGAGCGUUGGCCACGGCUGUGCGGCACAGCCUGCGGGGGCUGCGCACAGCUGCUCAAGGAGGGGGCUUCCUCUGCCACACUCUUCCUUUCCGAAGGGGGUUCAGGAGCGGACGCCCUCCAGGUCCUGCCCGAAUGCUGAGUCUCCCUCCCUUUCAGUCACCGUCUGUAUUCUUCCACAUGUAGAACCCUCAGCUUGCCUUCCGGAGGCAGAAGGCCUGUGGCUGGCUGCUGGAGGCACGGUGCAGCGUUGGUCCGGGAGUGUCCCAAAGCUUCCCAGCCCCUUUUCUAAUCGGUGCCGGUGCAAAGUCUCACGUGCACGCCCUGAUGGGAGCGGGGGGUGGGGGGCGGCAGCUCCCUGUGGGCCCCCGGAGCAGCUCCCGUGCAGCCCCUCGGUCCCUCCUCUGCUGGCCGCAGCCCUCUCGCCGGCCGGCGUGCCCGGCGUGCAGGAGGAAAGGCGGCAUCCUCCCGCCCCAGCGCCAGGGAGAAGCGCUCGCCGCAGCCCCCCGCCCCGGGCUCGUUCCCCUCCGCGUGUCCAGCGCGGCGAGCGGUGUCUGCCGCCCACCAGUUUCUGCGUGUGGCUCUCACUGGCCCUGGGAAUCGUGUUUUUAGUACAAGUUGGUGUUCUUUUUGUCUCGUGUAGAGAAGAAUUUCAUUCGUCCAUGGUUUAAUAGCCCCCCCCCGCGUGUUUUUUCUAACUUGUGUUUGUCACCUUGAGCUACAUAGUCGUGCCUGUUUUUCUGUUCUCAUUGUUGUCUUGUUAAAUGCCAGUCCAUCUCUGAUGUUCGCAGUCAGUAGUUUGUUCUGUCUGUCCGUCUCUCCUCGAGACGCUUGAGUUACGUUUUCAGUAGUACAGGCUAUUUUGCCGAUAUGAAGGGAACUUUUCAGAAAGAGACCUGCUCUAGGUCAUUUAAUUUUGAAUACAGCUUUCAAUCGUUCAAGUUUUGGAUGGUUUAUAUCUAAUGUGUGUUUCAUUUUUUUGGAAAGCUCUAUUUUGUAUUUAGGAAAUGAUAAACUAUUUUGCUAUUUGUACUGAGUGAGUACAUUGGCAUAAAUAUAAUAUAUAUAUAUAUAUAUAUAUAUAUAUAAAUAUAUAUAUAUACCUAUUCACACACAUAUAUUCAUUUUGCCGCAGAUUUUUGUGGCAAAUGUGUGAGUCUGUUGUCUGUUCUCCCACAACAUGGUGUCUAGUAACUGGGGGGAGGGGGGCAGUGUUACGUCUAUACCAAGUAUUUAAGCACUUUGCGGUCUGCAUAACCUGCCCAUCUCCGGCCAUUCCAUCCGGCUGUGCUCGUACUGACUGGCUGUGAGGAAAGCAGCUUCUCUGCCGGCGACACGGCUCGCUCGGCAGCGCGGCCUCACGGAGGAAGCCCUCGGGCAGCCGCUCGGGGGCCGCAGUCCCAUGCAACACGCGCCGUUCGGCUUGGCUCCUGGGUGAUGUCUCGUGCGUGAUGGCUCGCUCGUAAUUUAUAGCAACACUACAGAUGCACCAUUGGAACCUAAUUUCCCUCUUUCCUACUGGCAGCAGCCCCACGCUGAGCUGAGCGCGCGCCUCCUGCGGUUUUCGUAUUUGCCGAGAGGGUGUGGAGGACGAGCAACAGCGCGCGCCUCUCACGAGCGGGGAGAUGGAGGAGGCAUGGGCCAGGCCGGGGCUUUGGCUUCCGCUUCCGCUUUGGGGCAGCCUGCACCCGUGCAGGGCACGUGGCCGGCUCCUGGGAGAGGCACUCGGCCCUGGCCCAAGUCGCCUGGACGGGGCCGAGGAGGGGCGGGUGGGCCCGUGCGCUGCCGUGUCUUGUAGCAGGACUGUCCUUGACGGACUCUGCCGAGCCACCAGGGACCAAUCCUCCGCCGAACCGGGUUUUCCACCUGGUUCCGCCCGGCCACCCUCUCGAACACAGGCAGUCGCCGUCCCUUCGCAAGAGGGGCUCUGCGGCUUUGUGGGAAGCGGUGGCGCUCGUGCCUCUGAUUGUUUCUCCCCUUUUCUUUUUUGGUCCAUGUUAGGUCAAUAUUUAAAUGUACAACAUUUUGAGUAUGUGAUUUGGUUACAAAAGGUAUUUUGUCUUUGAAACCAAGGGCCUGCUCAGCGGCUGGGGCGGUCUGGCACUGCGUCCUUCUCGCAGCUUCCCACGAGGUGGGGGGCUGUGGGGCAGAGGCUGCAAAGGUAGCCUUGUUGUGGGGGAGCUUUGCCCUGGCCGGAGCACCGUGCCUCUUCCCUGCCCUCGCUCCCACCACGGCGGUCCAGGACAUCUUGUCUGGCUGCUCAGGAAGGGUCAUUUCAAGAGAGGUUUUCUUCCAGGCAUCUCAGAUGGGUGACCGCCUCCCCAGGGACCUGGGCCCCACCAUCACGUCCGCUGGACAGAGCUGUGCUGGGAAAUGAUCUUUGUGGAACUGUAAAAGCUCCGAUGGGGCAAGAGGAAAUGGCACCUGAGCAGCUCCUCCUUCCCUCUCGCUGUCGUGAGCACAGCUGAGGGGCUCUUCGGCCCCUCCUGAGCGAGCUCGCCAGAAGCCCGAGGCACCCUGCGCCAGAGCAGCGCCCAGCAGGCCUGCCGCGUCUGCCCUGCCCUGCCCUGCCCUGCCCUGCCCGCCGGCCGGCUGGCCAGCCUGCCUUGCUCCUUCCUCGGCUCUGCGGCGGGUGCCGCCACCACCACCAAGGGGGCCUUCAGGCUGCGCAGAAGCACUGCUCGCAUCCUCGAGCCUGUCAUGGGGAGCGUGGUGGCCAGCUGGGCCCGGGUUCCUCGGCCAGGCCCAUGUGCGAGGGGGGGGCUUGGCGCAGGGCCCCCCUUGAAUAAAGAAGCCCCUUGGGGAAGCUGUGCGUGAAUGCCGGCAGCACAGCAGGGCCCGGAUCCUCUGCCUGGUCCAGGCCCUGCUGGAAUUCUCUCACCCUCUCCCUGCCCCGGCCUGCGUGAUCCGCUCUCGGGAGGUUUUCCCCAGAGCUCCAUUUUGGCUCAGGAGUGAGUCUGAGAUCGGAGCGCUCCGCCUUCUCCGGCCCUCCUGGCAGGGCUUUCGGAGCAUCCCAGCCGCGUUGGCCCCUAGCAGCCGCCAGACCGACCAGCCGCCGACCAGCCCCCCCGCUGCCCUGCAAUGUGAAUGUAGACUCCGACGGCCCCUUGUGCGUCAUGUGCCCCGGCUUGUGCAGGUGGGUUUCUCAGAGCACUGAUCCCCAUUUGCAGUUUAUUCUAAGGGGGAGGGGGGCUGGGGACCUCAUUUGCAUUUGUUUUUAGCUAUUCUGUGAUAACUCGUUGAAUAUUAAAAAGAGAUAUUUUGCUUCUAUUGGGACAUUUGUAUACUGGCAACUAUAUUUCUGUACACAGCUGCAGUCAAGAAUAAAACUUGGAAAGUUUUCA